GAUAGAAAUAAUAUAGCCAUUCUUCUCCAACUAAUACUGCGUUUGCGUUCCCGUUUAAGGUGUCCGUGUCGUUAUUCAAUCCCGGUCUAUAAAAAAAAUUUCUUCUGCUUAGAAAAAAGUGAAUUAAUUUUAUACCCAAAAAAAACCUCCUUACAAGAUGGGAGAAGCAUCAGGUUUGACAGAUAGAAUGGCUCGAGAGCUUUGCAAGGAGCCAGACUCUGAAACGAAAGAUUAUAUGAUGCAACAAACUAUGUAUCGCAUAAAAGAUCCUCAAAAAUCACUUCCGUUUUAUACCCAAGUUUUGGGCUUGAGGCUGUUACAAAAACUCGAUUUUCCUGAUAUGAAAUUUUCCCUCUAUUUUCUCGGCUAUGAAAAUGGAGAAGAUAUUCCCACUGACAGAAGGGAGUCUAUUGAGUGGGCAUUAAGUCGAAAAGCAACAAUUGAGUUGACUCAUAAUUGGGGUACUGAAUCGGAUCCUGAUUUUAAUUAUCAUAAUGGAAAUACAGAGCCUAGAGGAUUUGGACACAUUGGCAUAACGGUACCAGAUGUAGAUAAAGCGUGUGAGAGAUUUGAAAAAUUGAAUGUAGAAUUUGUGAAAAAACCUAAUGAUGGCAAAAUGAAGGGAAUCGCUUUUAUUAAAGAUCCCGAUGGUUAUUGGAUUGAAAUAUUAAAUCCUUCCAAAAUGUCCAACAUUAUUGUGUCCAGCCAUUAGUUUUAUUAUUUUCAGAAAUGAAAACGCUACUUAUAAUACACAUAUUUUUAAUGAUCAGUUUAUCUUAAUAGUUUCAAUAAUUGAUUACACUAACAGUCACAAAAAAUUAUCUUAUUAAUGAGUUAAAUAUUAAUUUAUUAAUAAUUAAAUUUUUAUUAAUCUCGCCAUUAGGGGUCUUAUUUUUCUUUGCCAUUUAAUUUUUGAAAUUUGGUAUGAGAAAUUAGACAAAACUAAAAACAUUAGCUGUUUAGAAAUAUAUUUCAGAAAUAUGUAAUUUAUAAUAUUGUUUUUUAAAAUUUUAUCUUUAUAUUUGCUCUGUUAAUGAGAAUAAUUAUAAUUGUCUAAUGAUUGAUGUUAGUAAUUUUUUUAAACAGUGAACGACAGUAUUUUCUAUUAUUGGUUUAGUCAUCUUUAAAAAAAGAAAUAUUUUAAAAUUAUAUUUUUUGACAUUUAGAAACUUUUUAUUUAUUCUGAUACUGUUUUUUAAAAAAAAUGUUUAAAAAGAAAAUGGAUUUUAACUUUAUUUUAAAAAAAACUACUUAUAUGCACUGGAUAAUAUUAUUUUCAUAAGAUUUAAUUAUUUAAUGUUACACGAUGUAAACAAAUGAUAAGAAAAGCAAUUAUACUGAAGAAAUGUAAAUAAAUAUAAUAUAUUUUUCUAGUUGAAAAAUGAAUUAUGCAUCUAAAAUUUUAUUUUAUGUAUAAAUAAAUAACACUGUAAUAAUAGUU